AAAAGGGUGCUCAUUGCCUGAGGUUGGCAGCCCUGCGACCCACAAUGCCUGGCGAGAACGACAACAAGAAACAUGUCGGCGAGAGACACGAAAGAAGCGCUCUUAUUUUGAUGAUGCAGUAACUCGCGUAGAGUGAGCUCGAAUUCUAAUGGUUGCGUGUGACUAUGGCAGAACCCAGUCUAGAUCUUCGCCCCCUGACGGCUCUUGAAAAUCUGGUGGGCGUGCAGAUAGGAACUCUUCCAAUCCCGAGCGAGGCCGAGGAGGAGGCCAAGGCGAUGGACGCGGGCCACCUCGCGCCCCUCAAGCUCGUCGAGGAGGAUCCUGGGACGCCUGCCACGCCGCCUGCUCCUCCUGGCGAGCCCCUGGAAGAUCUGGUGGAGGCGAGCGACGGUGGAAAGGAGGAGGUAAGCGAAGGUGAUGGCGUAGACACUGCCCAGGAGGGACAGGAGGAGGGGGCGCAGGACGCGGAUCGCCUCCCCGCCCUGGACCUCCCGCAGGACACCUCCAGGGACAGCAACCUUCAGCCGUCUGGGGGGGAGACGGUGGCCCCCGUGGACAGUGCCCUCCCCAAUGAAGCCAUGCCAGCUGUCAGCUCAGAACACUUAGUGGGGGAGCAGCAUGAGGGGGAGCAGUUGUCAGAAAGUGAGCCUAUGGAAACAGAGUCGUCCUGGGCUGGCGACAAGGAACCCUUACCAAAUGACAGUGGCAAUGAAACCUCCGUGCGGGACAGGGAGGCAGAGGAGACCCUUGGGGGCGGGGACUCAAGUACCAGUAGUGGGGGUGGUGAGGGCAGUGUGUCAGGGACGGGAGCGCCUGAAACUGAAGAGCAAUUCAGUUGGGACAAUGUGCGAUGUGUUUUCUGUGACGCAAGUGCGAUAGACCAAGAACCUAAACUUCUACCGUGUUUACACUCGGCCUGCAACAAGUGCUUAACCCAUGAGGCAGCUGAGCCAGAAAUGAACAAAGAUGACGAGAUAGUUGCAAUGGACCCAUUAAUCCAUUGUCCAGUAUGCAAAAAAGGAUUUCCACAAGACAGUAUAUUGGACAAUAUGUUUAUCUGUGAAGCUCAAGGCAGUGGUGACCGAGGAGCUGGAGCAUCUGAGGAGAGUUUCACAUGUACAUCCUGCACAGAUGAAGCAAUAGCGACUGGUCUAUGUACAGAUUGUUCAGAAUGGCUAUGCGAUCAAUGUAUACAGGCCCACAAAAGAGUGAAGGUAACCAAAGACCACAUCAUUAAGGGUAAAGGAGAGGUGGACUCUGACUCAUCAUCCACCAAGACUCAGGCCAAGAGAGCGCUUUUCUGUAACAUACACAUUAAGGAGAAGUUAAAUCUUUACUGUCAGACCUGUGAUCAGCUAACCUGCAGAGACUGUCAGUUGAUAGAGCACCGAGAACACAAGUACAAGUUUUCUGAAGAGAUGGCAAGCAUAACGAGAGAACGGCUAAGACAGUUUCUAAUGGAUAUUCGUAAGAAGAGAGGCUAUAUAGAAAAUGCAAAAGAAUUAGUUGGGGAACGACGGCAACAGAUUCUUAGUAAACAAGAGUCUGUGCAAGCUGACAUAAAUAGGCUAGUCGAAACGUUCAUAGAAAUUAUAAGACAAAGGGGUAAUAACUUGUUUGAUCUGCUGAGAGAGGUUUGCAACAGUAAGCAGGAGCAGCUAGACAAGAAAAAUGAGGUCCUUCUGCAUCUAGGAUCACAGGCUGACCAUUGUAUCACUGUCGUCGAAGCUGUCCUCAGCUCGUCUUCUGACAUGGCCCUUCUUUAUUCGAAAAAAUUAUUAAUGGACCAGGUCCUUAAAGUAGACAAAGAUUCUCCUGACAGAAGCUUAUUUGACCGUUUCAAAGCUAAGCUUAAUUCAGGUGAUGACAUCUCCUUAAGAAUAUCCAGUGAAUCUAGAGGGUUAGGCAAAGCCUUAAAGGACGUAGGUUAUCUUCUGGUCGAUAACAAAGUCUACCCACCCCCUGACGCUGGGGUUCAGAACAAGGUGCGUUCUUCUCAGCCAUCCCCCGUUGAUCCAUCUGCUUCUCCGCAGCCUCCUCAACCCCCACAGCCUCCAGCACUCACACCUAUGCAUUCAGCCAUCCAGCAGCAGCAACAGCACAUUCAGCAGGGAGGCAGCAUGCACCAUAAAUUUCACAACUUCGGUCCAGCACCUCCCGGUCCAGCUAAUCCACCAGGGCUGGUAAGGAUCCAGCCUAAGCCUUCAAACCAACCCCACCCAGGUCCCAGCCUCACCAACUUUGCCAGGAUGCCCCAGUUAACGCAGGGAAGAUCAUCAGAUGUAUCAUCCUCCGUCUCAUCAACCACUCAUCCAAUAGGAGAAAAUAGUCACCUACGAGGACUUCUAGGAUCUGGUGGGACUUACAAGCUAAAUGCAUUCAACCCCCAUUUAGCAGCUCGUUUACAGCAGCACCAGCCACACCAAGGAACAUCAAGAAGCCAUCAUGACCAGCAGGGUUCUCCAAGAUCCUCAUUGCCCUUUCGACAGAGCAUGAACCCCGGGGCAGCACCAAUGCCAAUGCCAGGGGGUUCACAGCCUAACAACAACCCUUUAAGUAUGGUCAACAUGGCAGCACAGCUUAGUGCCCCAUCUGGUAUUAGUAUCACUCCGGUUCCUCCUCAAAAGGCAACUCCGCAGCACCAGCAAGGACACAUGCCACACCAGCAGCAGCAGCAACUCCCGCACCAAUCAAAGUCCCACCAUCAGCAGCACCUCUCCCUACAAAAUAUACUCCGAAAUACGUUAUCACAACCUGCAAUGGCGCAGAAGUCUGAUUCUCGGCAACCUUCACCACACAGCACCCAGCAACCACAGUUGAAGAAAGAGAGCAGUAGUCCGACUCCAUCGUGGCACAUCCCACAGACAGCAGAGUCCUCUAAGUCAAGCAGCAGCAACAGUAAUAGUCAUAGCAGUCAUGACAACUCCACUCCAUGGUCACCAUCCCACAGAGAAUCUNAGGGAUUGAAAGGUGGUCUUAUGUUAUAUAUAAUGUCAUAUUGA